GCGUAGACACCGGUAAAAGUCACCGACACAGUCACCGGCAAGUCGGCAAACAAGCUGUCAUCGAUCUGUGGCUCUCCUAACAAUGGCUCUAAGAGGAAGGAUGCACUGUGUUUUUCUCUUGCUUUUCCUCUUUUCAGCAAUAAAUGGUAUGCAUAGUGACGGAGAACACGAAACCGAUCAUGUUCACGAACACCCUCACGAAAAACAGCAUCAUCACCAUCAUCAUGAUCACAACCACCACCAUCAUGGCCAUAGCCACGAUCAUCACGGGCACAGCCACGAUCAUCACUCGGAAGAUGUUAAGAUGAAAGUGCCUCAUCACGGGACUGGGACCUCUCCUAAGCUAUCUGAUCAAGGCGGAAACCUGUCCAAGUGGCUUCAAGCUAUUGCCGCCACUCUGCUGAUCAGCGCAGCACCGUUCUUCAUCUUGUUUUUCAUUCCACUACAAAGCAACUCGGCCGAACAGCAACCUCUGUUGAAGGUUCUUCUGGCUUUUGCCUCAGGAGGCCUCUUGGGGGAUGCAUUUCUCCAUUUAAUUCCUCAUGCGAUUUCACCGCAUUCACACGGAGGAGAAGACGGCCAUGAACAUUCGCAUUCUCACUCGCACUCACACAGCCACGAAGCAGGCGGCCAUCAUGAUCAUUCGUCAGAAAUGGUAGUCGGUCUCUGGGUUCUAGCUGGCUUGAUAGCUUUUCUCAUGGUAGAGAAGUUUGUUCGGCUAGUUAAAGGAGGACAUGGACAUUCUCAUGGCGCCCCGAAAGUUGAAGCUAAGAAUGGAGACGUCGCGACUAAAACAGAGAGCGAAACCAAAGAUUCUCUACCCGAGGAGAGUGAUAAGGAGUUGCGGAGAAGGAAAAAGACAGACGAGGCGACAGAGAAGGAAACAAAAACGGAGACAGCCUCAGAACCACAUGGUCAUGAGGAUGAUAUUAAGGUGGCAGGCUACUUAAAUCUUGCUGCAGACUUCACUCAUAAUUUCACUGAUGGACUGGCCAUUGGCGCCUCGUUUCUUGUGAGUCGCAAUCUCGGCAUAAUCACUACUCUCACAAUCCUUCUUCAUGAGGUUCCUCAUGAGAUUGGAGACUUUGCUAUCUUGGUACAGUCUGGAUGCAACAAGAGAAAGGCAAUGUUUCUUCAGUUGACAACAGCCACAGGAGCCUUAGCCGGCACAGUCUGUGGCUUACUGGCAGAAAACAUUGGGGAUUCUGCAACACUAUGGAUCUUGCCCUUCACAGCAGGAGGUUUCAUUUAUAUUGCCACAGUGUCUGUCAUCCCUGAAUUACUUGAGGACACAAAACUAGGACAGUCCAUUAAAGAAAUUCUUGGAUUGUUCACUGGAGUUUUAAUGAUGGUCCUAAUUGCUAAGUUUGACUGUUUUCUUGCAGAACCACAUGGUCAUGAGGAUGAUAUUAAGGUGGCAGGCUACUUAAAUCUUGCUGCAGACUUCACUCAUAAUUUCACUGAUGGACUGGCCAUUGGCGCCUCGUUUCUUGUGAGUCGCAAUCUCGGCAUAAUCACUACUCUCACAAUCCUUCUUCAUGAGGUUCCUCAUGAGAUUGGAGACUUUGCUAUCUUGGUACAGUCUGGAUGCAACAAGAGAAAGGCAAUGUUUCUUCAGUUGACAACAGCCACAGGAGCCUUAGCCGGCACAGUCUGUGGCUUACUGGCAGAAAACAUUGGGGAUUCUGCAACACUAUGGAUCUUGCCCUUCACAGCAGGAGGUUUCAUUUAUAUUGCCACAGUGUCUGUCAUCCCUGAAUUACUUGAGGACACAAAACUAGGACAGUCCAUUAAAGAAAUUCUUGGAUUGUUCACUGGAGUUUUAAUGAUGGUCCUAAUUGCUAAGUUUGAGUAAUUUCAAUUAGGACUUCAAAUGUUAUAUUUAGACAGCAAGCUCAAGUCUUCAAUGAGCAAACAAAUUUGCCAGUCACUCGCGGUCACUCACUCACUCACGCGGUUAUUUUAUUGAAUAGUUUAAUCCCGUGUAAAUGGUGAAACAAGGUCACUUUGUCUUCACACCAGAAAUUUUAAUGUAAUGGAUUCCACUUGUGGAAGUUUGAAGUCUAUGACAAAUCAUGGGCACAAUCAUUGACUGUCAGCUGAAGUUGGAAAUGGCCUUGGAGAGUCAAAUAGUUCCACACAUUUACAACAGACAGUAACAAAUUUCUGAUAAUAAUAAUUAUUCUCAUCACUUCAUAAAGCAAUAAAUUAAUUAUUUUUGAACAUUCUGAUAAAUGUUUAGAACUUCCUACAGAUGUCUUAUACAUGUGCAUGUAUAGAGUUUGACACUGGGUUAAUUGUUAUGGUUAGGUGUAUAUUUAUGUUGAAAACACAAAUUGAAUGUAAUAUAUUUUUCUCUUUUGUCUUCAACAUUUUUGCACUAGGUAUUGUCUAAUUAAGAUCAUAUUGUUAGUUUUAUUUGCCUUGUAUUUUUACAAUCCUCUUUUAGAAUAACUAAUAAAUUACUAUUUUUAGGUAUUAAAUUUGUAAUCGUAACUUAGAUAUAUUUCAGGAUUGAGCCUUAAAUAGCUCUGGGGUCCAGAGGUUUUUUGUUCAUUUGCUAUGCAUUGUUAACUCAUUGUUGACUCUCUUGCUCGCUCUCUGGCAUGUAUAGGAAGCUAACUUUCAAAGUCCAACAAAAACCUCUGUCACCCUAGGUGACCAAAAAGAGAAUAUUUUGUGUAACAAGGUUUUUGUGAAUUAAGACUGUGCAAUUCAUUAUUUAUCUUACAACAAGUUAUGUACUGCGACGUUUCCACAAAUUGGUUCCAGUUCCU